AUAUAUCCCAAGGAUAUGGAAGCACCGGCUGGCGGUGUUGAUGACAUGACAAAGCUAUCUUAUUUGCAUGAGCCAGGAGUCUUGCAGAACUUAAGAACCAGAUAUGAACUCAAUGAAAUUUAUACUUACACAGGAAACAUUCUAAUUGCAAUUAACCCGUUCCAAAAGUUACCUCAUUUGUAUGAUACUCAUAUGAUGCAACAAUACAAGGGAGCACCGUUUGGUGAAUUGAGCCCCCAUGUAUUUGCAAUUGCAGAUACAUCUUAUAGGGCCAUGAUUAAUGAAGGAAAAAGUAAUUCAAUUCUGGUGAGCGGUGAAAGUGGAGCAGGUAAAACUGAGACGACCAAAAUGCUUAUGCGGUUUCUUGCAUAUUUGGGUGGCAGAAAAGCGACCGAAGGCCGCACAGUUGAACAGCAAGUUCUUGAAUCAAAUCCAGUUCUUGAAGCUUUCGGCAAUGCUAAAACCGUUAGGAAUAACAAUUCCAGUCGUUUUGGCAAGUUUGUUGAGAUCCAAUUUGAUAAGCACGGGAGGAUUUCGGGAGCCGCUAUCAGGACUUACCUUCUAGAAAGAUCUCGUGUUUGCCAAGUAAAUGAUCCUGAAAGGAACUAUCACUGUUUUUACCUGCUUUGUGCAGCACCACCAGAGGAAAUUGAGAAGUACAAAUUAGGAAGCCCACAAUCGUUUCACUAUCUUAAUCAAUCAAAAUGCUUCGAGCUUGUUGGUGUGAAUGAUGGAAGUGAAUAUCUCGCCACAAGGAGAGCUAUGGAUAUUGUUGGAAUAAGUAAAAAAGAACAGGAAGCAAUUUUCAGAGUUACUGCUGCUAUACUUCAUCUCGGAAAUAUUGCAUUCACUAAAGGGAAAGAAGUUGAUUCUUCGGUCCUAAAAGACGACAAAGCUAAGUUUCAUCUCAAGAUGGCGGCAGAACUUCUUAUGUGCGACCCUGUUGGCUUGCAAGAUGCAUUGUGCAAACGAGUGAUGAUAACUCCUGAAGAAGUUAUUAAGAGGCCUCUUGAUCCUCUCAGUGCAUCAUUUAGCCGAGACGGUUUGGCUAAAACAAUAUAUUGCAGAUUAUUUGAUUGGUUGGUGAAUAAAAUCAACGUAUCGAUUGGACAAGACGCGACUUCAAAAUGUCUGAUCGGCGUGCUUGAUAUCUAUGGUUUUGAGAGCUUUAAGAACAACAGCUUUGAGCAAUUUUGUAUUAACUUCACAAAUGAGAAACUACAGCAACACUUUAACCAGCACGUCUUUAAGGCGGAGCAAGAAGAAUAUAAAAAAGAGGCUAUCAAUUGGAGCUACAUUGAAUUUGUUGAUAACCAAGAUGUUCUAGAUCUCCUCGAAAAGAAACCUGGUGGUAUCAUUGCUCUCCUUGAUGAAGCUUGCAUGUUCCCAAAGUCGACGCAUGAGACAUUCUCAAACAAGCUUUAUCAGACAUUCAAAAAUCACAAACGCUUUAUAAAGCCCAAGUUGUCGCGCACGGAUUUCACAAUUGCUCAUUAUGCUGGUGAGGUGCAAUAUCAAUCUGAUCAAUUUCUUGACAAAAAUAAAGAUUAUGUGGUCCCCGAACACCAAGAUUUGCUGAGCGUUUCCAAGUGUUCCUUUGUGGCCGGCCUUUUCCCUCCUGUAGCUGAAGAGUCUUCCAAAUCAUCUAAAUUUUCUUCAAUUGGUUCCCGUUUUAAGCUUCAAUUGCAACAACUGAUGGAAACACUAAACGCUACGGAACCUCACUAUGUUAGAUGUGUAAAGCCUAACAAUAAACUGAAACCUGCCAUAUUUGAAAACCUCAACAUCAUGCAACAACUGCGUUGUGGUGGUGUUUUAGAGGCAAUCAGAAUCAGUUGUGCCGGUUACCCUACACGUCGUGCAUUCUUUGAAUUUAUAAACAGAUUCGGACUUCUUGCACCAGAAGCCUUGGCAGGAAGCUUUGACGAAAAGACGGUAUGCACAAAGAUCUUGGAAAAGAUGGGACUCAGCGGCUUUCAGAUAGGUAAAACAAAGGUAUUCUUGAGAGCGGGACAGAUGGCAGAAUUAGACGCAAGGAGAGCGGAGGUUCUCAGCAAUGCAGCGGGAAUAAUUCAAAGACGAAUAAGAACUUAUAUUGCUCACCAGCAGGUUACCGCGUUACGCAAGGCUUCAAUUUUCUUACAAUCUUUCUGUAGAUGUAGACUGGCUUGUAAAAAGUUUGAAGAACUGAAAAGAAUUGCAGCAGCUAUAAAAAUUGAGAAACACGUGCGUAAAUGGCGUGCUUGGGCAGCCUAUACUAGACUUCGGGCAUCGGUUCUUACGGUACAAACAUAUAUACGUGCAGUUGGCGCUCGUAAAAUGUUCAGACACCGAAAGGAAACUAAAGCCGCAAUUAAAGUUCAGACUCGGUGGCGUUGUCAUAAAAAAUCUGCGGAUUAUAAAAAACUGAAGAAAGCAUCCAUAGUUACACAAUGCAGAUGGAGGGGAAGAAUUGCAAAGAAAGAGCUUAGAAGACUUAAACAGGAAGCACGAGAUCAUGGUAAACUUAAAGAAGCAAAAGAUAAGCUCGAGAAACAGAUGGAGGAACUAACAUGGCGUUUACAGCUGGAGAAACGUUUAAGGAUUGAUUUGGAAGAAGCAAAAGCACAAGAUUUGAUUAAAUUUCAAAAUUCUCUGGAAGAUAUGCAAAAGAAACUUGAUGAAGCAAAUGCAAUCGCAGCUAUGGAAAGAGAGGCAGCGAGAAAAGCUAUUGACGAAGCACCUAAGGUUGUUGAGGAAAAAGAGAUUGUUAUCGAAGAUACUAAGAAAAUUGAAUCUCUGAAUGAACAAGUUAAUGAUUUGAAGGCGAAGUGGGAGUCAGAAAAGAAACGUGCCGAUGAUCUGGAAGUAUGUAGUGAAGAAAGACGUAUUAAGUUGGAAGAAACAGAAAAGAAAGUGGUUCAUUUACAGGAGUCCAUGAGCAGGCUGGAAGAGAAGUUAAAUAACUUAGAAUCAGAAAACAAAGUCUUCCGCCAGCAAGCGGUAUCCAUGGCACCUAACAAGUUCCUCUCAGGCCGUUCCCGCUCUAUUAUUCAGAGGACACAUAGCGGUACUUUAAUCGGAGAUAGAAAGUCAUCUUUGGAUCCGAAUAGCCCUUCAGUGGGACAACGAGAUCUUGCGGAAAUAGAUGACAAACCACAAAAAUCACUCAAUGUAAAACAAAUUGAAAAUCAAGAGUUGCUUCUUAAAUGCAUUGCACAACAUUUAGGCUUUGCAGGGAACAGACCAAUAGCAGCUUGUAUUAUUUACAAAUGCCUUUUGCAAUGGAGAUCUUUUGAAGUUGAGAAGACAAGUGUUUUCGAUCGUAUCAUUCAGACCAUAGGCAAUGCGAUAGAGAAAAGGCAGGAUAAUAAUGAUGUAUUGGCCUACUGGUUGUCCAAUGCUUCUACUCUUCUGCUUCUACUCCAAUGCACACUAAAAGCAAGUGGGGCCACAUCUGGAAUCGGCCCACAGCGUCGUCGAUCAUCAGCCGCACUUUUUGGCAGGAUGACAUCUAGUCUUCAAGGAACUCCACGUGCGGCUGAUCUUUCCUUUGCAAAUGGAAGUCUGGGUAAUGAAGUUGAAGGGUUUAACAAAGUGGAAGCGAAGUAUCCAGCUUUGCUUUUCAAGCAGCAGCUUACCGCAUACGUUGAAAAAAUAUAUGGAAUGAUUCGCGAUAAUUUGAAAAAAGAUAUAUCUCCAUUGCUAGGGAUGUGCAUUCAGGCACCGAGAAUCUCCAGAGCGAGCCUAGUGAAGGGAUCGUCGCGUUCGGUUUCUAGUACAGCUCAGCAAACCGUAAUUGCUCACUGGCAAGGAAUUGUUAAGAGUCUUGGAACUUUCUUAAACAUUUUAAAAACAAAUCAUGUGCCGCCAUUUUUGGUGCGCAAAGUGUUCACGCAGAUAUUCUCAUUCGUCAAUGUUCAGCUAUUUAACAGCUUACUUUUGAGGCGUGAAUGUUGUUCGUUUAGUAAUGGUGAGUAUGUGAAAGCGGGGUUGGCUGAAAUAGAACACUGGUGUUACAAUGCAACUGAUGAGUAUGCAGGUUCGGCGUGGGAUGAACUGAAGCAUAUACGACAAGCUAUUGCAUUUCUGGUUGUACAUCAAAAACCGAAGAAAACAUUGGAUGAAAUAAGACGUGACCUAUGCCCGAUUCUUAGUAUACAACAGUUGUAUCGGAUCAGUACGAUGUACUGGGAUGACAAGUACGGCACACAAAGUGUAUCCGCGGAUGUGAUAUCCAGUAUGAGGUCGUCGAUGACCGAAGAAAACAGUGUUGCAAGCAAUUCUUUCCUGUUGGAUGACGACUCGAGCAUUCCAUUUUCACUUGAUGAUAUAUCAAAAACUAUGGAUCUAAUUCAUAUCUCAGACAUCGAGCCUCCACCUCUAAUUCGUGAAAACUCGGGAUUUAGCUUUCUGUUACCACGUAUUGAGAGCCACUGACGCGCUUUCUAACCGUUUUUGGGUGCUAAUUAAUUUCAUUUCUGGUGAUAAUAUAAAAAUGUUUGUAUUGAAGAACUAGAAAGAGGAUGGUUGUGUAGAUCUGCAUUUGCAGGUGUUUUGUAG